GCCCAAGUUCCCAAGAAAUGCUCUUUCCAUAUGUAUCACUUAAGAUAUAUGUAUCACUAAUGCAACUCCAGGGCCGAGGCAUAAUCCUACACAAAGUUCAUCGAGUUUCGAUCUAUAUGCUCCGUUUCAAAAAUUUGACCACCCUCAAGUUCGGCCUCUUCCAGAAAUCCCUGAAAUUCCCACCCACAAUCCGCCAUUUGAGCACCUCAAAUUCCUCCUCCAAUGGCUCCAGAGACGACUACUUCGCCGCAAUCCACCACAUCUCCCACAUCGUCCGCCGCGACUUCUUCAUGGAGCGCACUCUCAACAAGCUACGCAUCUCCUUCCUCAACUCCGAGCUCGUUUUCAGAGUCCUCCGCGCCUGCUCCAACUCCCCCACCGAAUCCUUCCGUUUCUUCAACUGGGCCUGCUCUCACCACCCCUCUUACCAACCCACCACUCUCGAAUUCGAAGAGCUCGUCAAAACCCUAGCCCGAUCCAGAAAGUACGCCACCAUGUGGAAGGUUCUUCACCAGAUGAAGACUCGCAAUCUCAAAAUCUCGCUAGAGGCACUCUCGUUCGUCAUCGAAGAGUACGGUAAGCACGGUCUCGUCGAUAAUGCAGUUACUGUAUUCAAUCAGUGUUCUAAAUCCAUCGAUUGCCCUCAAACGGUACUGCUCUAUAACGCUUUACUUUCUGCGCUUUGUGAGGUUAAGAUGUUUCAUGGGGCUUAUGCGUUGAUUCGGAGGAUGAUUAGAAAAGGGGUAGCCCCUGAUAAGAAGACCUAUGGGAUUCUUGUAAAUGGGUGGUGCUCUGCGGGGAAGAUGAGGGAAGCACAGGAGUUUCUGGAGGAGAUGAGCCAGAAGGGGUUCAAUCCUCCUUUGCGAGGUCGCGACCUUUUGGUUGAAGGAUUGUUGAAUGCAGGGUAUUUAGAAUCUGCCAAGAAUAUGGUUAGAAAAAUGACCAAAGAAGGAUCUGUGCCUGAUGUAUCAACCUUUAAUUCUCUGAUUAGUGUUAUAUGUAACUCUGGAGAAGUUGAUUUUUGCAUAAACAUUUACCAUGAGGUUUGCAAAUUGGGGCUUUGCCCUGAUAUAAACACAUACAAGAUUUUGGUUCCUGCAACUUCGAAAGUAGGUAGGAUUGAUGAAGCAUUCAAGCUCUUGCAUUGCUCUGUCGAGGAUGGGCAUAAACCGUUUCCUAGUCUGUAUGGACCGAUCAUUAAGGGAAUGUGUAGAAGGGGUCAGUUUGACGAUGCGUUUUGCUUUUUCAAUGAUAUGAAAGUUAAGGGACAUCCACCAAAUCGGCCGGUGUAUACAAUGUUGAUAACAAUGUGUGGGCGUGGAGGGAGAUUUGUUGAUGCUGCUAAUUACUUGAUGGAAAUGGCUGAGUUUGGUUUACCACCAAUUUCUAGGUGCUUUGAUAUGGUUACUGAUGGAUUGAAGAACUGUGGAAAGCAUGAUUUAGCUAAGAAGAUUGAGCAGCUCGAAGUUUCUAUUCGAGGCAUUUGAUAUUGCGAAUUUGGAUUGGCCAGGACUAUGGCUGCGACUACGGCUAUCUCGGGUCACACCAAGAAGCUCCAAAGAAUGAUUGCCAAGUACGUGCAACACAUGAUGAACAUCGUGCAUGAGGAAGAGAAGGAAGGAGUUAAAGUUUUUACCAAGAGUCAAGUAGAGACUGUCGAGUUGGAGGAGUCAAUCAAGAGGUGGACUAAAUACCAAGGACAACCUGCAAAGGCCCAUUCCAACCUCUCAAGGAUGGCACCUCUCAAAGACAUGGCAUGUAUCCGCCUGCCGCAAGGCUAAUGCCCAUUGUGCGUUAGCCAUCGCAAGCGCCCAACCCUCCGUGCUGCGUGCUAUUGCUUGCCAAGCGCGUGUGCACACGACGUCUAUGGACAACCUUUUGCACACCUUGCGACUCAGCGCUUGCAGCCUGCCCUAUGAGUCGUGCCCUUGCUGCCCCCUCGCGUGCUGAUGUAGUUGUUGGAAUCUGCCAGCCUCGUUGCAUUUCUCUUUCCUUUUUAGUGAGAGAUCUUGAAUUGUAUCUUUAACAAUAUUUAUUUGCUAGAUAGUAUUGGAAAUAGUUUUGACUUAUUUUUAGAUAGAGAAAUUAUUUCUUUAGGAUUAUUUUUUUUAAUUACGAAUUUUUGCCAUAUUUCUUUUUCUCUUGUUAGCCAA